GGCAGAAGCGUAGCAGCGUAGCACUGUAGCACCUUCGUAGCAAACGACAACACAGCAACAAUGGCUUUCGGUGGUAAUGGUUACUUCGGCGUGGUAGUGUGCUUGGUGGUGGCGUGGUGCGCAUGCGUGGCGGUGUGCGCGCCGGCCCAGCUGUGCGCGGGCGCCGCGGACGACGACCCCAGGGCCGCGCGCUUCUGCCAGGCACUCAACACCUUCCUCGAGCUUUAUGCUGAGGCUGCUGGGGAACAGGUGCCUGAGUACCAAGCCCUGGUCCGCGACUACCCACAACUCCUGGACACCGGCAUGAAGCGGCAAGACGUGGUGCACUCGUUCCUGCGCUUUGGCCGCCGGCGCUGACCAGUCGGCCCCCCGCCGCGACCACGCCGCGUCCACGCCAAACCACCGCAACCCACACGCAGCGACCAGGCUUAGAUUCUUUGCUAAUAUAACAUACAUUUAGUUCUUUACGUUAUUUCGUCCAAAAUAUUUAAAAGUUCCUUUAUAAUGUAAGUCCGUAUCCAAAUGCUAGGUAUCCCGAACUGCGAAAAUUAAAAAAAAAACUCAUUCAACAUCGAGACGUCAACAAGAGCAGACGUCUAAACCUCUCUCUCCAAAUUUAAUAGACUAGAUUUAGAACUUAUUAUAAUGAAAUGUACUUAUUGCUAAAAGUAUUAAUAGUGUUUAAGAUGUAAUUAAACGAUCUUGUUGUCAACAUUUUUGUGGCAUUUCAUUUGGUAAGUGUAAGAAUAUUUAAAUAAUUAUUAUGAUGUUUUAAAUAAAUAAACUACGUAUUUAUGACAGC